UUUGUACCUGACACCUACUUCCAACCCUUAUCAGCUAAUCCAUUUUUGGGUUGUACACAUUAAGAAUGACUAAGUAUGAUUAGUGCAAUUAUCAUGCAUCUCUCUUGAGUUCAGGUUAGUGCCUUCAGGUACAUACAGUUUUAUUUGUUUUACUUAUAAUAAACAAAUGAAGAAUGAAUCACGUAAUUUUAGUCUGAUGCAUUUCCUGGUGGAUAAACAUUCAUUUAAUAAUUUUAAGGGAUGUUACAAGCUGAUUUGGCCUAAAGGCUGGCCGUUUUAGGGUGAGGCAUCAUUUAUUAGACUGACACACAUAACCAUCGCUUCAUUCACCUCGGACAGACGGACACACUGAAGCUUCAUCGUUUCUACAGAUUACUCUAGCUUGUGAAAAUGGAGGUUUUGUCUGCAGCAAACACUCAGUUCUCCCUCAACCUGUUCAAGAAGAUCAGCGGAGGAAACGCAUCAGGAAAUGUGUUCUACUCUCCUGUCAGCAUCUCCUCGGCUCUGGCCAUGGUGUCGCUCGGUGCAAGAGGAAACACAGCAGCUCAGAUGUUUAAGGUCUUGGGCUUUAAAAAUCCUCAUCAUUCAGAGGACCAAAUUCAUUCCAGCUUCAACAAGUUUAUGAGUGAGCUGAACAAACCAGGAGUCCCGUAUGUGUUGAGUGUUGCCAACCGCCUCUACGGAGAGCAAUCCUACCAGUUUGUUGAGAAAUUCCUCAAUGAUGCAAAAAGAUACUAUGAAGCCGGACUGGAGAAGGUGGACUUCAAGACCAAAUCAGAGGCUGCUCGUGUCACCAUCAACAAAUGGGUGGAGAAAAAAACACAAGAGAAGAUCAAGGACUUGCUGCCACCAAGAAGCGUCGAUGGAUCGACCAAACUGGUCUUGGUGAACGCCAUCUACUUCAAGGGGAACUGGGAGAACAAAUUCCCAAAGGAAGCCACCAGAGAUGGGCAGUUUAAGAUAAACAAGAUUCAAACUAAACCAGUGAAGAUGAUGCAUCAAGAGGAAAAGUUUCCUCUGGCCUUCAUCCCAGAGAUGAACAGUCAGGUUCUGGAGCUGCCGUAUGUUGGGAAGAAUCUCAGUAUGUUGAUCAUCCUUCCUAAUAAGAUGGAAGACGACACCACUGGCCUUCAGAAGCUUGAAAAGGCAGUGACCUACGAGAAGCUCAUGGAGUGGACCAAACCCAGCAAGAUGAAUCUAGAGAAAGUUCAAGUCUCUCUGCCCAAAUUUAAGAUUGAGGUAACCUAUGACGACAUGAGGAGACUUCUGAUCAGCAUGGGAAUGGAGGACGUUUUUGACCCGCUGAAGGUGAACCUUUCAGGCAUGUCCUCCAACAACGACCUGGUGCUGUCGCAGGUGGUUCAUAAAGCCUUUGUUGAAGUCAAUGAGGAAGGAACCGAAGCGUCUGCAGCCACUGCCAAUGUUGAUGUGACAGCCUCAUUACCCUCACCCCCAAAAACCUUUACUGCAGACCACCCGUUCCUGUUCUUCAUCCGGCAUAAUCCCUCCAAAGCCAUUCUGUUCUAUGGACGCUUGAGUUCUCCUUGAAGAUAGUGAUGAUAAAGUGAUCAUUCUAGAUGACUGUGUUCCUCUCAUAAAUAAAGUCACUAGUAAA